AUGCAGAAUAAACCCUUACCAGGACCAGAAAAAACCUUCAGCAAAGCAUCACCCGUUAGCCCUCACAAAGGAAACAAGACAAGCGUUUAAAACCAGGGGCAGAUCGGGGAGUUGAGGCAAAUAUGUAGUGCAGGCAAUAUAUAA